AUUUGUAGUCGAGGAGUUGUUCGAUCGUUGUAAGCAUGUAAGGUUAGGGUCAGAAGCGGUCUGUUUACGGCUGCAAGUUUUGAUCACGGUUUCGACAAUUAUUCGAAGACGUUUGGAUAGUAUAGAAUGUCGAAUAUACGAUGGUCUUUCGGUGGUGCCCCUACAGCUUUGAGGUUAGGCGUAAAAAAGAAAUGGUUUCGACUUCAAAUCGUGGUCAAGUCGUUAUUUUACAAUCAUUUUUUGGACUGGGGUUACGUAUGCGACGUUCUGAUGGAACCGAUGUUCUGGUUUGUUGAUAAUUUCGCUGGGUGGCUUGGUCCGUUGUUCGUAGUAAUGGUGACCUUGUUGACUGCAUCCAUCGUCGCAAUUGCCUAUUGGAUAGGGCUGCCCUAUUGGUGGGAUAAGAGUCCAGCGAUGACUGUAGUAUUGAUAUUAAUAGGGAAUUGGUUACUACUAAACGUCAGCUUCCACUACUACAUGGGCGUCGCUGUUCCUGCCGGGUACCCUCCCAAAGGAGAACUCAUUCCAGAGGCUGUCAGUAUUUGCAAAAAGUGUAUCAAGCCGAAACCACCAAGAACACAUCAUUGCUCGGUAUGCAAUAAAUGUGUUCUUAAGAUGGACCAUCAUUGCCCGUGGCUGAAUAACUGCGUCGGACACUACAAUCACAGGCAUUUCUUUCAAUACAUGGUCUUCACAGUUGUUGGAAUUUUAUUCAUUAUGAUAUUUGGAGUAGAGAUUGCCUAUCAAGAAUUCUUUCCAGAACAGGAUCCCGAUUUGGAAGGGCAUCCUGUACGGAUAAAUAAUUCUCUCAUCAUUCCAGUGACGGAAAGUCUGGAACAUUUGAGUCAAGAAGAGCUUGAUGAAAUCGCCCGACAGGCUGCCGUAACGCAAAUGAAAGAUUGGAAACGAAAAGCAAUAAUUUACGCCGCAAUGAUAAGUCUGGGCACAUUUGGAGCAUUAGGAGCUCUGGCCUGGUGGCAUUCAGGCCUAAUUACGAGGGGAGAAACAAGCAUUGAAGCUCGAAUAAAUAAAACAGAGUCGGAAAAGUAUAAAGCCAAAGGUUGGGUGUAUCAGAACCCGUACGAUUUUGGACCUAGAGAGAAUUGGAGAAUAUUCCUAGGGCUGAAUGGAAGUUGGUGGCACAUUCUUUUCCCAUCGACACACGGGCCCUAUGGAGAUGGCCUUACAUGGAACUCAAUUCACGAUGCAAAACUGUCAUGACAAACUCAGUUUUAUCACAUUGCUGUAUCACUCGAGAAUAAUCAUUUAGUUUUUUGACUACUUUAUUAAAAUUCGCUUAAUAAUCUAGUCAAAAUUUGUAGUAUUGUCGUUGAGAUCACAGGACUAAUAUUCAAUAGCUAAAAUCAGUUAUAAAACAGCAAGUUUUAAUGAUGCAAAUAUUCGCGUCCAAGUCUAACUUUAGACUGUUACAUGUUCUCCAAGUUUUAGUUUUUAGUCAGACAAAAUUAACGCACCAAGUUGUUAUUUUUACAUAUUUUUACUCGUCAUUACGAACGUUGGUGACCCAAUAAAUAUACGUGUAUAAAAAUUUUCUAUGCUGCUUCGCAAAUAUGCUUUACUAAUUUAUAAUGAUAUCAUAUUGUAAAUGCGCGAGAGUGUUACAUUUAAUUAUUAUAGUUUGAUAUGUGCAAUACUCAAUCGCAUGUUACAAAUGCUGGCGUAGCUAUCGGAGGACUAAUAAAAUUCAAAUAUUCGAAGAAUUUGAAGUAGGUACUAUUAUGAGAAAUGGAUUUCUCUUUUGAGGUAUUCUUUUUGUUACUACUGUUACCAUCAUCGAAUCAGAUCUAAGCUUUGAUCGCUCUUAGGUUGUAUCAAUUGUCGAUUUAACUACUUCAUUCGUACAAUCACAAUAAUUAUACAUUGCUGUGUGCUAACGACAUCCAUUUGUAAUCUAUAAAGUACAUUAUCAAUCUA